UGUCGCUGGGGACCCUAUACCACGCAACUCUCUCAUUGACCAAAACUUUAAGCCCUUGCCGCAAGACAUAACAAAUAAAGCCUCUUCUCACCUUCACAAAUCGUCCACGUACACACCUCAAAGACACUGAUAAACUCAUCAACCAUGGCUUCUUCCUCUGCCAUCGCUUCAAGCUCCACAGCUUUCAUCAACAAGAAAGAUGUGGGUUUCUCUUCAAUUUCUGCACAACCUUCAUUUUCCACCCAGAAUUUCAGGAAAAGAGUUUCCAGGAAAAUUGUAUCUGUCAUGUCACCACAGCAAUCUGAACGCAAGCCUUCCACCACUGGAUCAGUCAAGACAGCAAUGACGAUGACAGAGAAGAUCUUCGCCAGGGCUUCUGAGAAGCCCCAGUUGAGCCCCGGUGAGAAUGUCUGGGUCAACGUUGAUGUUUUGAUGACCCAUGAUGUUUGUGGACCUGGUUCAAUUGGAAUCUUCAAGAAAGAAUUCGGCGAAAAUGCAAAGGUUUGGGAUCGUGAAAAGCUUGUCAUUAUACCGGACCACUACAUCUUUACCAAGGAUGAACGUGCAAAUCGUAAUGUGGAUAUCUUAAGGGAUUUUUGCACUGAGCAAAAUAUUAAGUACUUCUAUGAUAUAAAAGAUCUUGGCAAUUUCAAGGCUAAUCCGGACUAUAAAGGUGUAUGCCAUAUUGCCCUUGCCCAAGAAGGUCAUUGCAGGCCUGGAGAGGUCUUGUUAGGUACAGACUCCCACACAUGUACAGCAGGUGCAUUUGGCCAGUUUGCUACUGGAAUUGGAAAUACUGAUGCAGGUUUUGUCUUGGGAACCGGAAAGCUUUUGCUCAAGGUGCCUCCAACUUUGAGAUUUGUAAUGGAAGGCGAAAUGCCAGAUUAUUUGCUUGCGAAGGAUUUGAUUUUGCAAAUUAUUGGUGAAAUCUCUGUGUCUGGUGCAACAUAUAAAUCUAUGGAGUUUGUUGGUACUACUGUUGAAAGCUUAACGAUGGAAGAAAGAAUGACAUUAUGCAAUAUGGUUGUUGAAGCUGGGGGAAAGAAUGGAGUUGUCCCAGCUGAUAGUACUACAUUUAAGUAUCUUGAGGACAAAACUUCUGUUCCCUAUGCAGCAGUUUAUAGUGAUGCAGAAGCAAGAUUUGUUUCGGAGUAUAGAUUUGACAUCUCAAAGUUGGAGCCAUUGGUGGCAAAGCCUCAUUCUCCUGAUAAUCGUGCUUUGGCAAGAGAAUGCAAAGAUGUGAAAAUUGAUAGGGUGUAUAUUGGCUCAUGCACUGGUGGAAAAACUGAGGAUUUCAUGGCUGCUGCCAAAGUUUUUCUGGCUUCAGGCCAAAAAGUCAAAGUUCCCACAUUCCUUGUGCCUGCUACACAGAAGGUGUGGAUGGAUGUAUAUAGUCUCCCAGUGCCAGGUUCUGGGGGCAAGACUUGCUCCCAAAUAUUUGAAGAAGCUGGUUGCGAUACCCCUGCAAGUCCUAGUUGUGGUGCUUGUUUGGGUGGCCCUAAAGACACUUAUGCCCGCAUGAAUGAACCUCAGGUAUGUGUCUCAACAACAAAUAGAAACUUCCCUGGUCGCAUGGGGCACAAGGAAGGUCAGAUUUAUCUGACCUCUCCGUACACAGCUGCAGCAUCGGCCUUGACUGGUUUUGUCACUGAUCCUAGAGAGUUUUUGCAGUAAGGCCAUUGAUUUUCAUGCGCGGUGAUUAUUCAGUUCCCAGCAUUUUCAUAUUCUGUGAACCUAGAAAGUAGUUACUGGAUUGGUUGUGGCAGAUGUUGUAAUUUUAUCGAGAAAUGAAGAUUGUAACUCUGAUUUGAGGAUUCAUAAGUUAUAAUCUGCUUUAGGUGUCUGUCUAGAUAUGGCUGAAGAGGUCAUUGGAUCUAGUAUUUACUAUGAACAUCUUGAAGUUUGAAUCAGUAUGAAAGCUGCUUACCAGUACAGAUGUAGAAAUUUUGCUAGUUUCAACUCACAAAUUGUUUAAAAUUUACUUUGAGGUAUGCCAUAACAAUUAAUGCAGGAGUUCUAAAUAGUUGA